CGGGCACAACAGUAGCGUCCGUGUCCACGUUACUUCUGUCACUUGAUUAUCGUGAUUAUAAGUCCUUUCGCAGGCUGCUACACAUGUCCGCUCCUCCUGUAGAAGAGUUGGUGAAGCAGUGGGAGAGUGAGCAGGCCCAGCUCAGACAGCAGGUGGUGGAGGAGGACACUGAGGACUGGCAGAGGAGUCCUGACUUCUCGGGCCUGGAGAGAGUCGGAGGAGUGGACCUCUCCUUCAUCAAAGGGGACGAUGUCAACGCCUGCGCCCAGCUCGUGGUGCUCAGCUACCCCGACCUGGAGCUGCUGUAUGAGGACAGUCAGAUGGUGACCCUGACGACCCCGUACAUCGCUGGCUUCCUGGCUUUCAGAGAAACCCCCUUCCUCCUGGAUGCUCUGCAGCGACUGGAGAGGAACCAGCCCCAACUUCUGCCUCAGGAAGUUGCCAAAAAAUUCUACUCGCUUCUGUUUCGUCUCUGCCCACACACCUCCCUCGCUUCCUCCCACCCUGUCUGUGUGUCAGCAUGCACGCAGGUGGUGUUGGUGGAUGGGAAUGGUCUGUUCCACUACAGAGAGUUCGGCCUGGCAUGUCAUCUUGGAGUGCUGUCAGGGCUGCCGUGUGUGGGUGUGGCCAAGAACCUGCUGCAGGUGCAGGGUGUGUACAAGAAUGAAGAACACCAGUCACAGAUAGCUGCUCUGCAGAAAGGAGGAGACAGCUUCCCACUCACAGCUGCCUCAGGCAAAGUGCUCGGAAAGGCAUUGAGAAGCUCCGACAAGAGCUCGAAACCAGUGUACGUGUCCGUCGGCCACAAGAUCAGUGUGGACACGGCCGUGCGGCUCACACACUCCUGCUGCCGCUACCGGGUCCCAGAGCCCAUCAGACAGGCAGACUGUCGCUCCAGAGAAUACAUUCGCAUACACUUCCCAGCUGCAGACACAUGAAUCAAAGAAUGAGGUUGGAAAUGAGUGGCUCUCAAGAACUCUGAACAUCAGCAACUACAGAAGACCAGUGUGUGUGUGUGUGUAUGUGUGUGUGUGUGUGUGUGUGUGUGUGUGUGUGUAUGAAUGUGUGACAGAGUGUAUUUUCAGAUGAGAGAGCGAGAGUGUUUUCCAGUGAGUGAGAGAGAGUGAGUGUGUUCUGUAACUUUCAUGUGCUUUUAAAAGUGCAGCUGUUUUAGUCUGGGCCAAGACACUGUCAGAUGAACUGUAUCUUUUAUGCACUCGCUCCAUAUCUAAACUGGAUAUGGGUCAGACUGGAUCUUUUUAUACACUGUUCUCAUUACAUUUUUGGGUCACUCAGCUUUUUACACUGGGAGCCUUGUAAAUAAAUCAU